AUGGAAUACUUCCAAGAACCAAAAUCCCUGGACCAGCACCAAGUCGCACAAGCAAUCCACCUCGCCCAACAACAACGACAUACCCCCCACCCGCACCACCAACAAUUCCCAAUUGAUCCAACAUUACAACAUGAAUACGCUUCGUACGCUGCGUCGAUGGAGGGAGCCGGGGAGGGGGGACACGAGCAGCAGGGCCCGUUUGGGGAUGAGGUGAAUGUGAAUGUGUUUCAGGAUGUUACGCCAUUACAACAGGCUGCGGUGUCGUUACAGCAGCAUCACCAAGCGUCACCGCAGAUCGGGCAAGAUCAACCACCAGUCCAAGUCCAAACGCAACCACCUCUCUCCGCCGCUUCCACCACCGGAACAGCACAUGGCACCCCCGUCCCACCCCCAGCACAACUCCAAGCCUCACUAAUAUCCGCGCCCGCGCCCACACCCGAUAUGACGAGUGUCGACGUCGACACCCUCGAACUUCGCCGCAUAGCCCAAGACUCCCUCUCCCAACCCCUCUCCUCCCUCGCCGAAUCCGUCCGUCUAACAACCCACACCCCAACCUCCGAACGCCACCGCCAGAUCUUCGGAAUGUCAUACCUCCUCCGCACAUGCGACCCCGCACCCCCCGAAAUCGCGGUGCCGAGGAAUAGGAUAUAUGCACGCUAUGUAGCGGUGUGUGCGGGGGAACGUAUGAAACCGUUGAAUCCGGCGAGUUUUGGUAAGUUGGUGAGGGUUGUGUUUAGGGGGAUUAAGACGAGGAGGUUGGGGGUUAGGGGACAGAGUAAGUAUCAUUAUUGUGGGAUUAGGUUGAGGGGGGAGGAUGACGUCCCACGGUCUGAGGAUGAUGAUGAUGAGGGGAUGGAGAGGAGAGGAGGACAGAUGAUCGAGAUUGGUGAGGGAGGGGAUAUGGAUGUUGCGAAUGGGCAGUUUUUGGGGUAUCAUGAUUAUUAUCUGCAUUUCCCACCUGUUGCUGGGUCGGGGAAGGCGGCGGCGAAGGAGGAGCAGCCUGCGACGGGGUCACUGACCACCGCUCCAGACGGCGGACUGCCAUCAUCUUCAUCACGGUUCACACUACCACAGAUCCAAUCUUACCUCCCAACCGAAGGCCACGAUCCAGACCUCGUUGGGAUAUUGGUGGGGCUAUAUAGCGCACACUGCUCUCAACUCAUCGAAUCCGUUCGCUUCAUGCGGCUCAAACAGUUUCUGACGAGUAUGGCGGGCUUCCAGUCUGGACUGACCAUGCCCGUUCAACGACUUUUGUGUGGAAGUGAAGGGUUGAGACGAUGGGUGAGUAGAGCGGAUUUGGGGAUGUAUAAGGAGAUCGUCAGAUUACUUGCGCCAUUAGCACUACAAGUCGUGCCACCACCCGUGUUGGCGUCGCUGCGGGCGUUGAGCUCUACGCUCCCGGGGCAUCUGAGGGCGAGUUUAGUAGCAUGCUGUCCCCCCGACUUCAUCGAGGCAAAAGCGAAACCAGCGGAGGCGUUCGCACGGCUUCUGGGACGGUUGUUGAGGGUGAAUGAUACAGCGCACGCCGCGGCACGGUUUUUGGUCAAUCCGGCGGAUCGGGAGUUGAUGAGGGUUGAUUGGGUGCGGUUGGUUGAUAUUAGGGGGAUAGUAGAGAGGGAGGUGCCGAUGUGUGGGCAGGAUGCUGUGAGGAGGGUGUUGGAAGAGGAGAUCCCGGCACUACUUGCGGGUGUUGAUUUGAGUCUUCCGAGGGGGGCGGGUGAGGGGGGACAGUUGCAGCCAGUUCAGCAGCAUACGAGUUCGGAUGUGUUGGAGCAUUGGGCAUCGUACCUCACGCGCUUACCGAGUAGGUUUCCGAGGGUGAGUCCAAAGUUGUUUUUACUUGUGAUGGGGGCGGUGAUGAGUGCUGCGUUAAGGGAUGUUACGGUGGGUGGUGGUGAGGGGUUUGGAGCGUGGUGGGUUGUGAGGUGUUGGGUUGAUGAGUUCGUGGGGUGGAUUGGGGAGAAGGGGGGAUUCUUGAAUUUGGAGGCGGUGGAGCAUCCGGGGCCGAGGAGACGGGAGACAGUAUUACAGAAGGAUGCACCUGGAGAGGAAAGCAUGGGGGUGAGAGAAGGUGAGGGGGAGAAUGAGCAUGAAGAUCAAGAGGAUGCCGAGAUGGAAGGUGAAGGAGAGGGAGAGGAUGCAGGAAAUGAGAACAGAGAGAUGGAUAGCAUUUACGCUUCAGUAACGAAGCUGGACGAGGACUUUGAUGGCCAGGAUACACAGGAAGCAUAA